CAACUCGCCCUAUAUUGGAUUCGAGACAACAUCUUCAAUUUUGGCGGAAAUCCAAGUCGAAUCACGCUUUUCGGUGAGAGUGCUGGUGCAGCUAGUAUAGUCGCUCAUCUUAUCGCUCCAGGAUCGGAAAAUCUCUUCAAAAAUGGUAUUUUGCAAUCUGGGAGCCUUGAUAACAAGUGGUCGAUGGAUAGUCCGACUCGAGCGUUGGAUAAAAGCCAGCAAUUAGCCUACCUCGUCGGUUGUAACCGAACACAGAUGAAAGACACAAUUGCCUGUCUUCGAGCGACUCCGGCGCAACUGCUUGUCGAUAACAUCUGGAACUUGAACCUGAAUUUUCUCGAGUUCCCAUUCGUCACUGUGUCUAGGGACAAAAACUUCUUCCGAUAUAAGGAUGGUUUUAUCUCAUUACGAGAGGGCAACUAUGCACAUCAUGUGAAUUUGAUGUUUGGCAUCAACCAUGACGAAGGCAACUUCUGGAACAUCUACAAUUUGGGAAACUACUUUGACAAAGCCGAGCAGCCAGAAUUGAAUCGGGACGAAUUUCACGACUGUGUUGAACGAGCGUUCGCGUUUCAACCAGAACUUGUGCGAAACGCUGCAAAGCACGUUUACUCAGAUCCCAACUGCACCGAUCCUUCCAAACGGACACAAUUCUACGCUGAGCAGGUUUCCUUGAAAUUUCGGUCACAAAUUGUUUCCAUUUUUUUGAAGGCUAAGCACCGCAAUGGAGUGGGUGAAAUAGCAGUAUUUACUCCACUGCUAGAAAUCUCUUUAAAAUCUCACCCACCAUUUUGCAAGCUUUCUACCGAAUUCGGAAGUUUAGCAGGGAGUAGAUGCCUCUAG